AUGGAGGCCGAGCGCGAGGCCAAGCUCGAACCCGAGCCCGAACCCGAGCCGCAGCCAGAGCCGGAGGCCCAAUCGAGCCGAAAAAGGACGUAUUCGGAGAUUGGCGAGAACCGGGACAGCCUGGCGCUGCUGGAUCAACUUUUCGCGCUUCCGAAAUUUGAGGACUUGGUGCCGACCGAGAAUUGGGCUCUGGGACCGGCGACGACGAGUAUGGCAGACUACCCCGACCUCGACGCCGAGUCGAUUUGGCAUCUCACCGAACGGGACGCUAUAAUGUUCUUCGUAUCCCGGGGCCUGAUCCAAGUUGGACGCUGCGCCGACCCCUCGCACCCGCCAAUGAAGUUGACGAGCAAAUCAAAAGGCGCAUAUCGCUGGGAAUGCUGGCGUUGCCUCGAUUCAUCUACGUGCGGCGUUCGCAGGGACAAUUGGUUCCAAAGCACCCGGAUUCAAUUCGCCGUCGCCCUCAAGUUGAUCUUCUACUGGGCCCAUGGCGAGCAGAAGACGGUCAAUAUGAGGGAGGAAUUGAAGGUGUCCAACCGCACGGUCAUCGAAUGGAAGAACCACUUGCGCGAGGUGUGCACGGCCAAGAUUUUGAAGGAGCGCGGCUCAGGCCAGCAACUCGGCGGCCCGGGAAUGACAGUCGAGGUGGCCGUGAUCACGACGCGCCAAGCCAGCUCACGCGCGGUGGAGCAGCUGCUUUUCGGUGCGAUUUGCCGCGAGAACAAGACCAAUUUCGCGACGAUCGUGCCCGACCGGAAAACUUCUACUUUACUACCACUGAUCCGCGAAAAUAUCGCCGCCGGCUCGCGGAUCAUCGGAAAGGACCUGGCGCACGGCCAAAAGUUUAUCCUGGACGACGAGUACGAGUUCAAGGUGGUCGGGGAGCAGAGUGGAAGCGGACGGCCCAACACUGGAGCCCCGGAAACGGUCGGAAGGAUGUGGGAAAAGUUCGAGGAAUCUUUUCGAAAUCGGCACGGAACCUCGGAGAAAUAUUUGGAUGGCUAUAUUUGCGAGGAAUUGUGGAGGCUGCGGCUCGAUGGCGCCGAUCCGUUCGAGGCGAUUCUCGCGGAUAUCAAGGAAUUUUGGCCGCCAGGCAUCCCGGCUAGUGUGCUGGCAAUGAUGAGGGCGACUGCGCCAGAUUUU